UGAAGUCAAGCAGCAAGUCGCGCCAUGGAUGGACACUUUGAAGACUUUGCAACGCUACUGUCGUGGCACUGCCAGGUGCAGCAGCAACUUCUGCGGCAAUAUUGGAAGCUGGUGCAGAUUCGCCGACUGAGCUUCCUUCUGCGAAGGCUCACUCUGCGUCGCAGAGCGAGGAGACGAAGGCGGCUGGCGGUGCUGCGCGCUGCAGCAGCGACUGCGAUCUUGGAGGAACCGAGGAGAGGCUUGUGGGUGCAGCCUCGCAGCGACGCCUGGUGGCAGCAUGUGCGCAGCAGUUGGACCGAGAGAGACUGGGUGCUCAACUUCAGAAUGAGGAGGUCAACUUUCCGCCUCCUGUGCGAGCGCCUUCGUGCAAGCGUGACCCGUAAAGACACCAAAUGCCGCCUGGCCACCUCAGUUGAGCUGCGCGUGGCCAUAUGUUUGCUGCGUCUGGCCACUCACCUGCCCAUUCACACCAUCUCCCACUUGUUUGGUGUGGGAUUGUCCAGCGUCUGCGUCUUCACCCAGCAAGUCAUCUCCGCCAUCAACCGGGAGCUGAAGGCCGAGUACCUGCACUCGCCUUCGGACGCCGAGUUCAGAGACCUGGUGGAUGGAUUCCGCGACAGAUGGGGGUUCCCUCAGUGCGUGGGUGUGGUGGGAGGAACUCGCGUCAACAUCCUGGCGCCGUCCCGCACCUCCCAUGAGUACUGCGACGCCAAAGGCACCCACACGGUUUUCCUGCAGGCGGUUGUGGAUCAUGACAUGAAGUUCUGGGACGUGAACGUGGCCUGGCCGGGUCGUGUUCCGGAGACACAUGCCUUCUUCAACUGGUCACUUUAUGAAGACGCCCAGGCGGGGAGGCUCCUGCCCGCGUGGAAGGAAAACAUCGGCGGGGUGGAGGUUCCGCUGCUGAUCCUGGGCGAUGCCACCUUCCCGCUGCUGACGUGGCUGAUGACGCCGUAUCCCGAGGAGGGCCAGGUGACGGCCCAGCAGGCUGCUUUCAACCAGCGCCUUCGCCAGGCGAGAGGGACAGCAGAGAGAGCCUUCGGACGAUUGAAAGGAAGAUGGACCUGCCUUUUGAGCAGAUGCGACUUCAGCAUCACCAGGGUCAGCAACCUCCUCUCCGCCUGCUGUGUGCUUCAUAACUUCUGUGAAGCUCAUGGUGAAGAGUAUGUGGGUGAGGAAGACGACGAGGCGCCGUUGGACGAAGGGGUCUGCCCAGUUGGGUGUGAGAGUGGGGGGGACGUCAGAAAUGCUUUGUGUGCACAUUUCUCCUCUCUCUAGUCAGUCGUCUUCAAUAUAGCUGUCAAUAGAUGAGCGCUGAACUGUUUACCUGUCUUGUUCUCAAGUGAGAGAAAUGAAACUACGACCUUUAUUUUCAAAUUGCUUUUUAAUUUUGUAGUAGAAACUGCCAGAACACACACAGACAAACAACCAACCAAAGACAAACUAUGUGUGGUGGUCUUCAUUGUGACAAAGCUGAAACGAUACUUGUGCAGCAGCAGCAGCAGCAGAGUUCAUAGGUGCGACAGCUGAUGGGAGGAGUGACGGGGACAGCUGUGCGGUCCACUCACUGGGUCCCGGGGA